AUAGCCGUAUGACACGGAGCGAAGCACAGAAGCGCAAGCUCUCUCUCUCUCUCUCUCACUCAACGAACCGAAAAUGGCGACUCUCUCAUUCUCAACAUUUCUAGCUCUUCACAAGCCCAGUCUUUCGCUUCUCAGUCCCAGCUCUUCUCCGUCCCUUCCGUGUCGAAGCGUUCGCCUUCGAAGCCACGGCGUCGCCAGCUCCUCAACAAGGCAUCGGAUAGCGACGGCGAAGCCGAACAAGCGCCGAGGACUGAGAAGGUUGAGGUCCGCCGAAGAAGAAACCCUGGCUCCGGAGCAAGACGAAGAGCCGGGGAGCAGCCAACAAGAAGAGGCUGAAGCUGAAGGUGAGGUAGCCUCUUCGUCGAAAGAGCAAGCCGUUUCGGUCCCCGUUUCGCCCUCUGACACUCUCACCAUGUUCUUUCAGGCAGAUGGAACUUUGAGUGAGGCGGCUAUUCCUACUGUGAUCCAAGCCUUAGAGGAAAUAGAGGGUGUUAGCAAUUUGAAAGUUAAAGUUAUUGAGGGCAUUGCAAGUGUUGAGUUGGAAAAACUGACGACAGUGCAAGCGACUGGGGUGGCUUCCAGCUUGGUUGAGAGCAUACAGGGCUCUGGCUUCAAGCUACAAACAUUGAAUUUGAGUUUCGCGGAUGAAGAGAGUAUUGUCGUCUAGGGCAUGAUUCAUGAAUGCUCAUCUUUAGUUUCAUAGUUUGCCCAAAAAAGAAAAAUAGAAAUUUAUUGUUGAAGUUUGGAUCAUGGCAUCUUUGUUGUAGUUACUGAGAAUUGAUAGUGUUUACAGGCUGUACGCUACUUGGUGUCUGAGCAAUAUGAUCUUCUGCAAUCUGCAUAGAGAGGAGAAAUGAUAUCAUUCUGUUUGAAA